AUGCACUGUAACCCAAGAAAGGCCCAUUUCCCACGCAGCUUUUUAUGGGAAGACUGUGAAGAGGCUUUUCUGAAAAACACAGAAGGGAAACCACGAUUGAUUUAUCAUCUCUUGGAAGAUGGGAAAGCCACUUCUGACUCUGUCCAGCAGUUGAUCGAGCAGGUUUCUAACUUAAACACCACCAGCAAAGCCAAGAUCAUUGGCCACUCAGGAGACCCCGCAGAGGGACUAUACAAAGCAUACAUCUGCGUGGAGAAGAUUGUCAAGCAGGACAUACUGGGCUUUGAAAACACAGACUUGGAAACCACCGAGCUGGGCAGUGAAGAUUCCAUGGCGGACGAAGAUGACCUGGGGGAUGUGCUCUGGGACAUUCACGACGAACAGGAGCAGAUGGAAAUGUUUCAGCAGGCCUCUAGCUCAGCCCAGGAGCUGGGAUUCGAGAAAUAUUACCAACGCCUGAAUGAUCUGGUAGCGGCCCCAGCCCCGAUUCCACCGCUGCUGGUGUCCGGAGGACCCGGUUCUGGCAAGUCCCUUCUUUUAUCCAAGUGGAUUCAGCUGCAGCAGAGCACCGCCCCCGGCACCCUGAUCCUCUCCCACUUUGUGGGCAGACCCAAGUCCAGCAGCGCGGAGGCCGCCUCCAUCAUCAAGAGGCUGAUGCUCAAGGUAGAGGGGGGCUAG